GAGUGUCCGAGCGUCGGCCGGCGUCCUCGCGCAGUCGCAGUGUUCCGUCGUCCGUCCGUGUUCGGUGUUCCUCGUCCGUCGCGCACGCGUCAUUGCAAUAUUCGUGCUCAAAUAAUAUCGUUUAACUACCGAUUUCAGUAGACUUUUCGUUUGCGGCCGCGUUUCACGUCAUUAUCACUCGACCGCACUUUGACUUCUCUCCGCAACAAUGGGUCAAAGUUAUUCUAGUGGUGAUGAAAAUAAAGAUAAAGACAAGCAAAAAGAUAAGAUCCGGUAUAAGCCACCAAUCCCGCCGAGAACAUACAAGAAGAAGAAGAAGAUAAAUGGUCCAGAUAUUGCUUCAAAACUACCAGAAGUUUAUCCUCAUUCAAAAUGCCGUUUGAAAUUGUUAAAACUGGAACGUAUCAAGGAUUAUUUAUUGAUGGAAGAAGAAUUUAUAGUAAACCAAGAAAAAUUGAAGCCUCAGGAAGAAAAAGAUGAACAAGACCGCUCAAAAGUAGAUGAACUACGUGGAAGCCCGAUGGCGGUAGGUACAUUGGAUGAACAUAUUGAUGAUAAUCAUGCAAUUGUUUCAACUUCAGUUGGAAGUAAACAUUAUGUCAGCAUUUUGUCAUUUGUUGACAGAGAUCAGUUGGAACCAGGAUGCACUUUGCUACUCAACCACAAACUCCAUGCAGUGGUUGGAGUACUAUCUGACGAUACAGAUCCUAUGGUAGCUGUGAUGAAACUUGACAAUGCACCUCUUGAAACUUAUAGUGACAUUGGUGGCUUAGACCAACAAAUUGAAGAAAUCAAAGAAGCUGUUGAACUACCACUGACCCAUCCUGAAUAUUAUGAAGAAAUGGGUAUUCAGCCUCCCAAAGGGGUUAUUCUGUAUGGUCCUCCAGGAACAGGAAAAACCCUUUUAGCUAAAGCUGUUGCUAAUCAGACUUCAGCAACAUUCUUGAGGGUUGUUGGGUCUGAGCUUAUACAAAAGUAUUUGGGAGAUGGUCCCAAAUUGGUGCGAGAACUAUUCCGCGUGGCUGAACAAUAUUCACCAUCUAUAGUAUUCAUUGAUGAAAUAGAUGCAGUCGGUACUAAACGGUACAACUCAAACUCUGGUGGUGAACGUGAAAUUCAGCGCACUAUGUUGGAACUUCUUAAUCAGUUGGAUGGUUUUGAUACACGGAGUGAUGUCAAAGUGAUUAUGGCUACAAAUCGUAUUGAAUCUCUGGACCCUGCUUUAAUUCGUCCCGGUCGUAUUGAUCGUAAAAUUGAAUUCCCACUGCCAAAUGAAAAAACUAAACGUCACAUUUUCAACAUACACACGUCGAGAAUGGCAUUGGAUAGUGAAGUUAACUUGAAUGAACUCAUUACAAUCAAGGAUGAUAUUUCUGGUGCUGAUAUUAAGGCUAUUUGUACUGAGGCAGGUCUGAUGGCUCUUCGUGAUCGUCGUAUGAAAAUAACUAACGAAGACUUCAAGAAGUCUAAAGAAAAUGUGUUGUACCGCAAGAAAGAUAACAUUCCUGAACAACUGUAUUCAUAAAUGUAUUUGGUCUAAGCUAUUUUUGUUAAAAUAACAAUUUAAUUCUCAGCAAAAACAUUAUACAAUAUAUACAUUUUGUAUUGUAAAAUGUAAAAAAGAAAUAAUUUCAAAUCAAAUAUAUUGUCUAUUCUAUGAUUUAACUUACUACAAAACAUUGUAAUUCAAUUGUUUUUCAAUUUUUUAUUUACUUUAAUUAUAUUCCAUUUAAUCAUACAAUUUAAUAUUACACACAUUAU